CACAGGCGUACCUAGCAACCAAAGUCAGUGAAUGAACUUCGAAUCAUUUGAUCAACAAAGAGUAAACAAACGAACAGAGCUGAAGAAUAUGGAAGAAAGAGAGAGAACCAACGACCCUAAAACCUUCCAAAACAGUUCGAAUCGAAUUGAGGAGCUUGCAAAGCCAAAGCCUCUUCCCGCAGGCUUCCUUGACGAUAAGCGUUCUGUUUAUUGGGACAAUAAUUUGGASAAGGAUUGGGCAAAAUCUCCAAUAGAAACGACACAAUGUGCACUAUCAGAGAGACAAACAGAUCUUGCAAAGAAAAAAGCUAUUCACAAGUCGUAUGUUGGUGAUAGGCCUUCACCAAUAUGGCAAGUCAGCCCAGCAGCUCAAAAUGCAACAGCUUCUUCACGCAUUGAGACAUUAGCAGAAUCCAAAUCCUUACAUCGUGAUUAUCAACCAUGUAAACAAGUACAGAGUGUAGUUAGUGAUGCGGCAAUGUCUGCAGAAGCCACAGACAAAUUAGAACAGCUGUCAAAGCCAAAAACGUUUGCCCCUUUAAAAAUAAAAGAUAAUAGUGAUUGGGAUUGGAGUGAAUGGCAACCAGACUUAUCUGAAGCUGCUAAAAAAGCCACAGCAUCUGAAAGAGUUGUAGUGCUGGCAAACCCUAAAAACCCUCAUAGGAAUUAUAAAGAAGGCAGACCUGUGAUUUGGGAGGUUCCAGAAUCUGCAAAAAAGGCAUUGCCAUCUUUGAGAAUACAACAAUUAGCAAGACCCAAAAGCCGAAGUAAAUACAGCGAAGAUUAUGAUGGUAAUGCUUGGAAAGUGUCACCAGGAGCAAAGAAUGCACAAGCUACACCUAGAAUAGCUCAAUUAGCUGCACCUCUGGAGAGAAAAGUUAGAGCCAAAAAAGUUGUUUGAAUGAUUCUAAAAUAAUUGAAUUAAAUAUUGAAUUCUUGUGUUGCUGUGAUGUAAAAUAUAAUUUUUCAAAUGGAAUUUCAAAACACAAACUUGUAUUAUCAAAAUUUUUU